UCUGUCGUGAAGCGCGGGCACGUCGACGCGAGGGCGGGCUCUCCUGCUGUAGCUACAAGGUCCCGCUUCUCCUGGCUGCUUUCAAUGCAGUCCUGUCUGCAGAGCGGAGCGGGCUGUCAAAGGGAAGAGACCCGGUGCUCCAUUCAAGGAUAUAUUUCUACUUCGUACACUUCGUCCUACAGUAGAGGACCCGUAGCUCACCUUCCGUGGACAAUGUUUCUCUUGCAAUACACAGGACUCAACCCUCUGCCCUUUGAUGCAGGAACCAACAACGACCCUCUUCAGUUUAACGGCUCCAGCGGGCCUCUGAUGACUGAGUGUCCUCCUCUGGAAAACACUGCAGAAAACGGCAAGAAGAGGAAGAGAGCCAGCCUGCCUCCAGAAGGGAUCUGUAACAUGACGAUGGACUCCAACUCGAUGACAAUCCCCCUGUCAGACCCCAACGCCUGGGCUACAGCCAUGAACAACCUGGGGAUGCCUCCAAUGGGAAUAACCGGACAGCAACUCAUGCCAGAUUUUGAUCCUAACCUUGGUAUGAUGCCUGGAAUUACCCCCCUGAACCCCCUGAUGCCCGGCCUCGGUAUGGGGCCAGCUCCCCUCUCUCAGGAUUUCCCACUUUUGAAGGAGAUCAUCCACUGCAAGACCUGCACACUGUUCCCCGCCAACCCCAACCUUCCCCAACCCGCCACCAGAGAUCGCCCUCCAGGGUGUAAGACGGUGUUUGUCGGCGGUCUGCCAGAAAACGCCACAGAGCAGCUCAUUGUGGAGAUCUUUGGACAGUGUGGAGAAAUCACAGCCAUACGAAAAAGCAAGAAAAACUUCUGCCAUAUCAGAUUUGCUGAAGAGUUCACUGUGGACAAGGCUCUCUUUCUAUCAGGUUAUCGUAUCCGCUUGGGCUCCAGCACAGACAAAAAGGAUUCGGGUCGUCUCCACGUGGACUUCGCCCAGGCCAGAGACGACCUCUAUGAGUGGGAGUGUCGACAGCGCAUGUUUGCCAGAGAGGAGAGGCACCGACGAAAGAUGGAGGAGGAUCGACUCAGACCGCCGUCCCCUCCUCCCAUCGUCCACUACUCGGAGCACGAGUGCAGCCAGCUGGGAGACAAGAUCAAAGAGGACGGUAAGUUUCCUGAAGCUGUGCGUGUUCUCCUGACCUGGUUGGAACGAGGGGAAGUCAACCAGAACUCCAACAACUUCUAUUCGAUGAUCCAGUCGUCCAACGGCCACAUCCGCCGGCUGAGCAGCGAGAAGAGUCAGCACGAGAAGGAGAUGGAGGAGGCCAAAGACAAAUUCAAGACCGCUCUGUCCGGCAUACUGGGUCAAUUUGAACAGAUUGUGUCUGUAUUCCAAGCUGCUUCCAAACAAAAGGCAUGGGACCAUUUCUCCAAAGCUCAGCGCAAGAACCUGGACAUGUGGCGAAAACAAGUAGAGGAGAUCAGAAACAUGCACAACGAGCAGCUGAUGGGCAUCAGGCGAGAGGAGGAGAUGGAGAUGUCGGACGACGACAUGGAGGACAUGGCUGACAGCAAAGACUCAAUGGACUCAGGAGUUUCUCAAGCUGAAGCCUUAAAGGAGGAGAACGACUCCCUUCGCUGUCAGCUGGACGCCUACAGGAACGAGGUGGAGCUGCUCAAACAGGAACAGGGCAAGAACCAACCAAUGAGGAGUGAGGAGGACAGCACACACGCUCAGCAGCUCAGCUUCCUGCAGCAGGCUCUGCAGGGCAUGCAGAAGCAACUGUUAAAAAUGAGAGAAGAAAUGAAACAGCGAGAGGCGGAGCUGGAGAAGAGUUUGGAGGACAAACAGCAGCUGAAGAACCAAGUCCAGACCCUGAAGCAGGGACUGCAGAACCUGCAAAACACACACGCAGCGCAGCUGGAGAUGUCGAAGCAGGACGACAGAGGCAGUGAGGAGAAUCAAGCCAGUGAAGCCACAGUCUCUGCAGUGGUGAGCUGCAGUCAGGAGAAAGAAGGUCCAACAGAGAAGACUCCAUCGAGUCCUGUCCACUCUGAAAGAGAAGCUCUGCUAGUCGGGAUCAUCUCCACGUUCCUGCACGUCCAUCCGUUUGGAGCCAGCAUCGAGUACAUCUGUUCCUACCUGCAGCGUUUGGACACAAAGAUAAACACCAGUGAGGUGGAGGCUCUUCUCUCUCGGCUGCCUUGCACCUUCAUACAGGAGCUGAGUGGAGUCGGAGCCAGUCUGGAGAAAAGAUGGAAAUUCUGCGGCUUCCAGGGCAUCAAGAGCACAUAGAGUCUGCUGGCUACACUUCCAAGAUGUGGAGGAGAAGACAGGAAGACGAGGCUCAACAUAAGGAACACUGUGGAGAUGUGAAGGACAGAGUAUGAAGCCCACAAAUAUCAGAGACUGUGGACUCUACCUGACUGUUCAAGGACACAGAAGACUGAGCAGAGAGGAUGUUACAUGAGCAUUUUCAGGGACUCUGAGCAGGUGGCAGAGACUGAAAGACGCAGCAUUCCCAUGGUUACUGGAAUAAUGUCACACAAUCAUGAAGACAGAGGCUUCUUGAGCAUGGACUCUCACUGAGCUUCUCAAUGCCUGCAAAAUAUUUCUUGACCUAAAGACUUAAAGAGUCACAGAAGUGCACCGACUCCUUCAGUCACUGGACUCUCAAGUCGUUAAGAACCACGUGGGCUGGGCGUCGUACUUUCUGAGCCAACAGUCGGCUCUGUAAAAUGUCAUUAGUUUGGUUCCAUGAUCAUGACCCAUCCUUAAAAUAGAAACACAGUUCAUUGGAGCCAUUCUAGGCUACAAUCUUUUGAUGAACUUGUUGAACACAGUUUGGACAUUCUCAGUUAAAACAACAUGUAAACUUAUACAGUAUGUUGUAACACAUGGUAUGUACAUAUACAAGUGAAAUGAAUAUAAGUGAAAAAGUAUUUUUGUGGAUGCAAAGAUUUUUGUUAUUUUUUUAU